UAUGCCUGUGGCCAUCAGUGUGUCUCCGGACACAUAACCAGCGUUUUUUCUGCCGUCAUGGCCUCGAUGGUCGCGCAGCUGUUUCCCGUCGCUGUGAUCACAGUUCUGGCAGCGCUGGUUUCAUCAGAGGAACAUGAGUGGCACUUUAACCCAGCUCAGUGUCGGUACGCCCUGGGGAUGGAGGACGGCACCAUUCCAGACUCUGACAUCACUGCCUCCAGCUCCUGGUCCGACUCCACCGAGGCCAAACACGGAAGGCUGAGCACUGGAGAGGGAGAUGGAGCGUGGUGUCCAGCAGGACCCGUCUUUCCCAGUGGAUCAGAGUACCUUCAGGUUGAUCUGCAUAAACUCCAUUUCCUGGCUCUGGUUGGAACCCAAGGUCGCCAUGCCGAAGGUCUCGGUCAAGAGUUUGCUCGCAGUUAUCGACUCCGUUACUCCAGAGAUGGAAAGAAAUGGAUCACCUGGAAGGAUCGCUGGGGCCAAGAGGUGGUGUCAGGUAAUGAGAACACCUAUGAUGUUGUGCUGAAAGACCUCGGCCCCCCCAUUGUGGCUCGUAUGGUCCGCUUCUACCCGCUGGCUGACCGGGUGAUGAGUGUUUGCCUCCGGGUGGAGCUCUACGGCUGUGUGUGGAAUGAUGGCUUGAAAGCGUACACAGCUCCAGUGGGUCACGUCAUGAACUUGCUGGGCAUGCAGGUCUAUCUAAACGACUCCACCUACGAUGGAACCAUAGAACAAGGGAUGCAGUUUGGAGGCCUGGGUCAGCUUUGUGAUGGCGUCCUGGGAGGAGAUGACUUUAUAGAAACGAAGGAGCUGAGGGUAUGGCCCGGGUACGACUACAUAGGUUGGAGUCGGGAAGCCCUCGGACAAGGCAGCGUUGAUAUCGAGUUCCAUUUUGAGAAACCAAGACUCUUCAACAACAUGCAGGUGCACAGUAACAACCGCCACACACAGGGUGUGCGAGUCUUCAGCAAAGUGGAGUGUCUCUUUAAGCCUGGCCUCCUGCAGCCCUGGUCCUCUCCUGUCCUCACCUUGCCCGUACCCUUGGAGGAUCUAAAGGACCCCUCUUCACGACCCAUCUCCCUCCCGCUGGCUGGUCGAUUGGCUCAAAUCCUCCGCUGCAAAUUCUACUUUGCAGACCGCUGGCUGCUCAUCAGCGAGAUAUUCUUCCUCUCUGAGCCGUUUGAAGAGGACUCCACAAACAUCGACUCAUUUCUUCACAAUCCUCCGAAGUUUCCUGACUCCACGUCCUUUCCUCCCGUAAAUGUCACCGCUUCUGUUUCCACAUCGAGCCGCAGCUCCUCCAGCACCACCUCCACACCUUCUGAAUCCCCUCCUGCCACCUUCAUGAUGGACACCACUGGUAACUGGACACUGACAGGACGAAAGUUUUCUGCCAUCACUCCGAGGGCGGGACUUCCUGUAGCCAAAGAUGACAGCAGUAACACGGCCAUUCUGAUUGGCUGCCUGGUGGGCAUCAUCCUGUUGCUGCUGGCUGUGAUCGCGGUCAUUCUUUGGAGGCAGUACUGGAAAAAGAUUCUGGGCAAGGCUCAAGGCAGCCUGUCCAGCGACGAGCUCCGGGUCCACCUGUCAGUCCCCUCGGACAACGUGGUCAUCAACAACACGCACAGCUAUUCCAGCCGCUACCAGCGCAUACACACUUUUCCAGACGACCGCGAACUGGACAGAGAGGUCGAGGGAGAGUAUCAGGAGCCGAGCGCUCUGCUCCGGCCUGUGGACCACAGGGACAGCACGGCCUUGCUGUUAAACAGUCCGGUCUAUCACCUGCUCCUCCCAGAUCACAGAAAAGGCUCCAGAGCCCUGGUCAUCCCGAGCUCCACUCAGGCUCAGGAAAAGAGCCUGAAUGUGCCUCAGGCUUGUGGUUUGGACUUGGACUUGGAGAAAGGUUUCCCCUCAUCACAAGAGGAGCCCCCUCCCUACCCCGGGUCUCCUCCUUAUCCGUCUUUGUCUCCUCCCGUCUCUCCCCCUCUGCCACCCAGCGUCCCCCACUAUGCAGAGGCAGACAUUGUGAGUCUGCAAGGUGUGAGCGGUAACAACACCUACGCAGUGCCGGCCUUGGCCUCCUCCAGUCCCGGGGCCGAUGCCGCUCCGCUGCCGGAGCUGCCGCGCCAGUGUCUCCUCUUUAAGGAGAAGCUGGGGGAGGGACAGUUUGGGGAGGUGCACCUGUGUGAAAUUGAAAACCCUCAAGACCUUCCAAACUUGGAGUUUCCCUUUAACGUGAGGAAAGGUCGCCCUCUGCUGGUGGCUGUGAAGAUACUGCGCCCAGACGCCUCGAAGAAUGCCAGGAACGACUUCCUGAAGGAGGUGAAGAUCUUGUCUCGCCUGAAGGACCCGAACAUCAUCCGGCUGCUGGGAGUGUGUGUGAGCAGCGACCCCCUCUGCAUGGUCACAGAGUACAUGGAGUGUGGAGACUUGAACCAGUACCUGUCCAAACGAGUCCUGCUGGACAAAACCGGGCCUUCACACAACACCCCGACCAUCAGUUACCCCGCCCUCAUCUCCAUGGCGAGCCAGAUUGCGUCGGGAAUGAAGUUCCUGUCGUCGCUCAACUUCGUGCAUCGAGAUCUGGCCACUCGUAACUGUCUGGUUGGGGGUGAGAGGGGUGAGAACGGAGAGGACCAAGGUGGCGAGCGUCACAUAAAGAUAGCGGACUUCGGCAUGAGCAGGAACUUGUACGCUGGAGACUACUACAGGAUCCAGGGCAGAGCCGUGCUGCCCAUACGGUGGAUGGCCUGGGAGUGUAUACUCAUGGGUAAGUUCACCACAGCCAGCGAUGUGUGGGCGUUUGGGGUCACUCUGUGGGAGAUGUUGAGCGUUUGUCAGGAGCAGCCGUACUCCAACCUCACAGAUGAACAAGUCAUCGACAACGCCGGCGAGUUCUUCAGAGACCAGGGCAAACAGGUGUACCUGAGCCGGCCGGCGGUGUGUCCUCAGGGUCUCUACGAGCUCAUGCUGAGCUGCUGGAACAGAGACUGCAAGCUUCGCCCAUCGUUCGCCUACAUGCACUCCUUUCUUACCGAGGACGCCAUGAACAUGGUUUAAAGAUGGAGACAAAGAAACGAGGAGGAGGAGGACACCUUGUUUGCUUGUCCUCCCCUACUGAACAGUGGGAUGGUGUGGUGGAGGGUCUCACAGGGAGACUGGGAUGCUCAUUUUUAUAUUUUGUACUUCUUUUUUUUUUUGGUGGAUGGGGAGCUGAGACACCGCUGGUUCGGUUUUACUUCCACCUCAGACCCCAAAGACUUUUGGUAGAUGAAAGUCUGAGUUAGCAUUUAUUAUAGCUGGUGGUGGGUUUUCUCUUGUUUCAGAAACUUUACAAUCAAAUCAUCAUCUUCAAUGUGACGUGCAGGCGACUGGCUGCAAAUAAAACCAAACUUUGAGCACCUGUUGAGAGGUGGAACAGCACACAGGGACUAUUAUUUAUGGUUUGCAGCAUGCACUGUAAUUCAAUAAGAUCAGACCCACCAUCAGACCCGUGGGACUCUUCCUCAUCGUAUCUUACCCCAAAUUCCUGCUUAAUGAUCCACAUCCACUAAUUUUUUUGGGGACUGGAACAAACAGAAGCCCUUUGUCUACAAUGUGAUUAGAUAAAGUUUGCCAUCGGCCAGAGACUCCCAUCUUAAUCAGAAACAUUCAAAGAAAAACCUGCAUACCUGCUGCCAAACGGACUUCUAAAACUUAAGGAGAAAGGCACAGAAGACAUGAGCCUGCAGCUUCUGCUGCUCAAAAGAUGUCACUCUAAAUAUAUAUAAAUAUAUAUAUAUGUAUUUUCCCCACUAAGGAGAGAGAAUGUGAGCAGCCAGCAGUGGAUGCGACUUCUUUAUAUAUUUAAUUCCUUUAUCUGACCAUGACUCUGACAGAACGGAUGGAUUUAAAAUUCCACAACCAGCUGCACUUUACCCAACAUGCAUUUCCUUUCCUGUGAUCCAACUCUUCUCCAUCGUGGGCCUGAACGAUGAUUCCUGACGUGACUUGUGAUUUACCUACAUGCGAGGAUUUUCAGUUUUUUUUUUUUUUUUUUAUUGAUAUUUUGCCAAGAAAUAUCACAGAUGCACAGGUCAAAAUCUCCAAACCUUCUCUAAA